CUCUCCUCUGCAGUUUCGAUUUCCCCUCAUUUUUGCCCGCUAUGGUUCUCUCCAGACGCGCGUCGCCAGCAGACCCCAUUGCUUUGCAGACAGAGCGGCUACUGGAUGACAGCAACGCCAAUGCCAAGGCACACCAGCCCAAGCGCAUUCUUGUCUGGGACGAGCUGCCAGCGUGGAUGCGCGACAACCACUAUAUCCGGACCGGGUACCGCGCGCCGACGAAUUCCUUCCAAAAGUGCUUCCAGUCGGUCUUUUACCUGCACAACGAGACCGGCAACAUCACGACGCACCUGCUGGGCGCGCUCGGGUUCCUGGGGCUCUGCUACACGGUGACGCAGAACGUGUUUCCGCAGUUCGAGACCGUGGACUGGCAGGACAUUGUCACAAUGUACGUGUUUCUACUGGGGAGCUUGUCGUGCCAUUCGCAUGGCGUGCAGAGAAUGUACAACAAGUGCGAUUACGUCGGCAUCGUGUUCCUCAUCGUCGGCUCGUGCGUGCCCAUGUUCUGCUACACAUUCUACUGCAACCCGUACCUAAAGCUCUUCUACCUGGGCCUGAUCUCCACGCUAGGCGCCAUCACCAUCGCCAUGGUAGUCACGCCCAAAUUCGGCACGUCCGAGUACCGGCCUCUGCGGGCGGUGACGUUUGUGCUGCUGGGCCUAUCGGGGGUGCUGCCGGCCAUGCACGCGCUCAUCAAGUUUGGCUGGGAGUAUGUGCUCAACGCGGUGCAGGUCCCGUACAUGCUGGCGAUGGGCGGGUUCUACAUUGUCGGGGCGACGCUGUACGGCACGCGUAUCCCCGAGCGGUGGUUCCCUGGAAAGUGCGACUAUUGGCUGCACUCGCACCAGAUAUUCCACGUGUUCGUCGUCAUAGCUGCGGUCUUCCACUACGUCGGGGUUGUCAGGGCGCUUAGGUGGACGCAUACCGAGGGACGUGGCCUGUGCGAAAUCGCCCCAUGAAGGAAAUCAGCGGUGCGUGAUGCUAGGGAUCUAGCAUUUCAUUAGCGCUGCCCCUAUUCCCUUCCUGGGCAGUUCCUAAAAAUGCGGGUUCAUUUUCUCACCUCUCUUGUUCUUGCAUACUCUGCGCCUUUUAUAUUUAAA